AUGCCGAUCUCUGCUGAGUUGUCGGGCUUGAAGGGUCAGCUCUCAGAGCAGGAUAAGUCAACGGAAGAGCUGGUCGGGAAACUAGAGGCAGCGGUGAUGGAUAGUCUGUUGGUCAGGGAUCUGGGAUUUGAUAAAGACAAAAUACAAGUUCUUUUCCUUCACCUAGGUCUUGACUUUUAUUCUCUAGGCUAUUUUAAAGUGGUCUGGGACAGACAACUCGUGAUAGAGGAGGAAUUGGAAACUUUCCCCGAGUUGGAGAAUGUAGAGGAUUUUCCCCUUCUCAGAACAAAGACACUGCUGAACAGGUUUCGAUUGAGGAAACUUUGGCUCAAACCCCUCAUAAAGAUGUUUAGUUUACUUUAA